GGGGAGGGGACGCUAGGUCGGGAAGAUAGAGCCGAUAAUUAUAGGAAAAAAAUAAUGACCUCCGGACCUCAUUAUUUUUUUUUCUAUAGGAUUAGCGACAUCCUAUUGAUUUUUUAUCUCAUAAUUCAAUCCUCGAAACACAAUCAUAUCCUUUCGAAACAGUUUUGCUGUAUCAUAGUAAAAAUUUAUUUAUUCAUAAUAAGGUGUGAUAAAAUUAGCCUCACUUGUUCCAGGGCUUGCAAGUGCCUCUCUAGUCGAGACUUUGGGUGCACCUCUUCCUAAAUCUUCGCUGCUCCACGGAAGCUCUCUUUGAAGAGCGAGAGCUGGGUUUUUCUAGGGUUUUCUUUUGAGAGCAAUGGCUUUGACCAACUUCAUCCUGACGGUGGUUGGCGUCAGCGCUGCUGUUCUCCUCCUCCGUAGCGACGUCAAGCAGUCCGCCACCAUCUUCCGCCGCAACGUCCGCCAAAUCCGACGGUGGCUCGAAGAGGAAUCCGCCUCUGCUGCCAAGUCUGUGGAGCGGAAAGCACCCAAAGAAUUGGAUUCACAAGCUCCGAAGAAAGACAUUCCCAAGGAAGAGAAGCAUUAAAAUAUCAUGAAAUCUUCUUAGGUUUAUAAAGGAUGCUCAGACAAAUAACAUACACAAAUUGUUUGUGCAUUGUGAUAAGAAUAGUCCUAGGUUUUUGAUCAAAAGAUUGUUAUCCAAAAACUAAAAUCACUUGUUUUCUGAGGGAUUUGGGUGUCAUGCUUCGUUCAAUUGAACAUGUGGUGCAGGUUUGUUAAUGUUGUGUGGGCUGUACAUAGAGCUGUUGAUGCCCAACUUACAAUGUUAGAUGGAUACAAUGUUGGAAACCAGUUUGAGAAAGUGUUGAAAACUAAAAUAAAUACUUCUCAGUUAAAAAUUUUGGUGUAUGAA